GUGUGUCUGCUUAUAAUCGUGCUAAGUCAAGUGAAUAUAAAGGAGAAUUUUAUGCUGAUAGUGGCAAGCUUUUUUGUUACUUUUGUAAAAUUGUUGUCAAGCAUGAACACAAGUCAAUUAUUGAUAAUCAUCACUGUUCAAAAAAGCAUAAAACAAAUAUGAAACUUGAAAAAACUUUAUUAACACAAAAAACUAGACAAACUAUGAUUAUUUCUUGUCAAAAAUUGCUUAGUGAAAGUGAGCAAAUCAAUUUAGACUUUUUAUAUACUUUAACAGCUGCUGAUAUUCCUUUAGAAAAGGCAGAAAAAUUAAAAUUAUUUUUUUUAAAUAAAUAUUAUAAUGUUG